AGGUGAAUCGAUUUAGUAAGGUGGAAGACCGAGCGAUUUUUGUUACCGAUCGUCACCUGUAUAAGAUGGAUCCCACUAAACAGUACAAGGUGAUGAAGACUAUUCCUCUAUACAAUUUGACUGGUCUGAGCGUCUCCAAUGGAAAGGACCAACUUGUAGUGUUCCAUACAAAAGACAACAAAGACCUCAUUGUCUGCCUCUUCAGCAAACAGCCAACCCAUGAGAGUCGAAUUGGAGAACUUGUUGGAGUCCUGGUGAAUCAUUUCAAGAGUGAGAAGCGCUACCUUCAAGUCAACGUCACCAACCCCGUGCAGUGCAGCCUGCACGGGAAGAAGUGCACGGUCUCCGUGGAGACGAGGAUCAACCAGCCGGAGCCCGACUUCACCAAGAACCGCUCGGGCUUCAUCCUCAGCGUGCCGGGGAACUGACUGCCCACCGGGGAGGCCUCACCACCCCGUCUGACUUGCUCACUCCCUGCUACCCCCUGCUAGAAAUCAGCUCGCAAGGGUCCGCCAUGCUUGGGGCCAAGCCCCUCUUCUGCCGCCUCCAAGGCUCCUCCCCUGAGGUUUUCUUGCUGGCUUUCUGCCUUUGGUCUCCAUUCUCCUCUGCCCCCACUUUCCAGCCCUCACUCAACAAAUCAAAGACCCCGGUGCCCUGCCACAGACCCCUGGGCCCACACCCAGACUGCAGCUCCCCGCAGAGGCGACUUGAUGUCAGCGGAGGCCCCUGCCACCACACACACACACCCCCCCCCAUUGGCCAGGUCAGACCCUGACCCAGUGACUGGCACCUGACCCUGCAAGGGGUGGAUGCAGUUUCCCCAACCCAAAACAUGCUCCCCUGGGGGGCUUGGGGGAGAUUGCGGACAUGAGCUGGGGAUGUAGCCCUGCUCUCUCCGUGAGCACAGCCUGCCACCCCUUUCCCCCAAGGGGACCUGGCUCAGAGCUCCUCGAUGGAGCCCCUCUCCCCAGCAGUCAGCCAAAGCCAUCAGGGGAGCAGGUUCACCUGUCGGGCUGGCCCGACAGCCAGUGGCUGGCAGAACAGUCAUGCCCAGCCUGCCCCCCGCCCGAGGCCUGCAGGCCACCUCUGCGGGAAAGAGCAGAGCAGGUGCUCCAAGGCCCAUCUUCCUUAACUGCACGGCCUAGGCCCGUGGUUGUUGCACGAUGAUGUGUGCAACACGCAGGGCUGCGCCUCGGGUGUGGGGUCUGCUGUGCCCACACUCACGUCGGGCACAUCAAUGAGAAAACGGAGUUGCAGGGGCCAGGGAGCACUCUGGGGGGGUUGUCUGCAAGUUAUCCGACACCCCUGUUUCAGACACAUUCAGAGAACAAGGACCAGGGCCGGAAGGGCAGAGUGACAGAAACAGAGUGGGGGGUCCUGGCACUGCAGGCCAGGCCAGGCUGCCCCCCUCCACACACCACAGCUGGGGCCCAGGGUGGGCCCAGCAGAAAGCACACGUGCCUCAGUGCCUUCCUGAGACCACUCUGCUCCGGAGCCUUGGCUGAGGACGUGGCCCCAAGCCUCUGAGCAGCCGGGCCUCCAGGCCAGGAGCCUUAAAAGGAGAGACUUGGGAAACUCCAUGUGGGGAGGGGGCUGAGGGGGAGCCCACAGCUCGGGAGGAGACUGGCGGGAGGUAAAAGGGAUGCGCUGACGUUUUCUUCACUUUCAGCCAUAGACCCUGCCCCCCCC